AUGGAAACCAUGCAUAUAUCUGGGCUUCCAGAGCUGGAGGCUCAUCUGCAGCAAUUACUUGAUGACGCUUCUCUACCAUUCAACGCGAAGCUUCUAGAUGAUGUCGAACUUCAACUCACCGAAGAUAAUAUUCCCUCCCUUCUGCCAGUGUUGCUGCCUCCUCUGACGGAGAUUUUGAAACAAACAACACAAGAUCCGACACCUUUACUCUCACUGACAAUCAAAUUACUUUCGCCUCUUCCCUUUACCAGGACUCUCACUAUCGCCGAUCCUCCUUCGUUGUUGACAGCACUGAGUUCUCCUCUUCCUGGGGCAAACUUGCUCGCGCUGGCAAUCAUCCACAAAGCUGCUAAAGCACCUGCAGAUGCUUCCAUACUUAGCACACUUCCCGAGGUCGUCGAAGCGACUAUCAAAUGCUGGCUAACCAGCAUUGAUGUCGGCGUCGGUGGGAAAGCAGCUAGAGUACUGGGCGACUUGCUGGAGACUGAUUGCGAGGUUGUCGAUAACGAUGUCGCUGGCACCCUUUCGCGCAGUCAAGUAAACGGAGAUGAAGUAGUUCGGCGGCAUGUUCCUGGGCACGGCAGAUUGUGGCGUCUAAUCCUGCAAAGCCGUUCCAACCUCAGCAUAAUUUACCAGUGCUGCUCUCACGAGUCUCCAAGCCUUGAACAGCCACGUACUCCUCACCAAAUCACGAUCUCGCAAGGCCGGCUUCUAAGACUGUUGCCGCGUCUCUGUACGCUGAAUAUUGGCGCAUUGAGCUGCACACUAUCACCUGACCUAUUCAAACUGUCGGGGGAGGUUGAACAUCAAGUUGGGCAAGGUCUUCUUCAAUGGGCAGCUCUUGGGAUGGUGGACAAAUCGGAUGUCUUGAUGCACCUCAGCCUUGUGGACUUUUUUGAAACGUUCGUCAGUGUCAUGAGAGUGUCAAGGCGUUCCGCCGAUAUGAAUGCAUUCAUAGGCAAGCUUGUGACGACCGCACUUCAGGGCGAUGCAGAGUUAGAAACCGCACUCAAGACACUACCAGACAGAACUGUCGAAGAAGAAGCCGAGCCACUACGCACGUUUAUUACUGGGCUUUUCAUGUAA